AUGAAUGAACUGGAAGACGAUGGUGUCCGGACCAGCAAAGACGAGCGAUGCAGCCGUGGUACUGAUCUAGAGCAUAGUCAGGUAUCUGGCGAGAAGAUUCAAUUGCCUGGAAGCGAAAUGCAUCUGCCGAUGUCACCGGAAAAUAAAGCAGAGAUGAACGAACUCUGCAAUGGCAUCACGACUAUUGAUAUCAAUGCAAAACCAGUCACAGAGGAUGCUUCAAACGCUGUGCCCAAAACCCAACAGGCAACAAAUGAGAUCAAGAAAUCGCAGCCUCAAGAACAGCACAGGUUUGAGCGAAACACAGAACGAAGUUAUCGUAGAAGAAGAGAGCCAACGAGGCGACCGCAACAAGCCACUCGUGAAAGGGUGUCGAAUGUGCAUCCAGCGAACAGGAGAGGCAAUUCACCUUCAUAUCGAUAUCGAGUAUGGCGACCGAGCAAUAGACCAGCACGAGCUCGACCCACGUUUGCCCGCAACAACCACUCUCGUCACUCAACAUCGCCACGAUCAUCCAUAAAUCGUUCGCGGAAUGAUGCAGGUAUUUCGUAUUCAGCAUUUGCAUGUGUUCAACAUUCCGCUUUACCUGCUUUAUCAAAGGACUUUAGUCUAUAUCCGUCCACCAUUUGA